CCUAUUUCUGGGAAGUGAGUGAACCAAGACGCCGCGGGCGGUCUACUUCCUGGACUCAUCCUUGAGGGAAAAUUGGAGCGCGCACGUUUCGUAGGUCACUUUUCGGCACAAACAAACAAACAAACGUCAACCUGUGGAUGACAAGACGAGCGAAUCAAGAGAUUAUAUUCGCCGCUCCGGAAUAGCACAGUCAGCCCCCACUGCCAUUGCAAAUCUGGGGCGCUUGGCUGCAACGGGCUGCGCUUCCCGUGGCUUUUUUUAUGAAAGGGGGAAACGCGCAGUCCGAAAGUGAAUUGAUUUCGGUUUAUGAAUGGCACUGAUAUGGAGGAAAUUCCGUUUCAGAAAGUCAAAACCCGGAGGAAGAGAGGCCACUGUCCAGCCGGAUCCCGUUUGAAUGCCAUCGCCUGCGAGGACGAGUUCGACUGCAAGGAGCUGGAAUCGCUCUUCCAAAAUUACAACCUGAAACUGGAGCAGACUUCGACGCUGAAAGCUCUGGCGGUGUUGAUCGUCAUGGCAUCAACUUUGGCUCUCGUGGAACUGAUGUCUGGUCCCAGCCUCACCAUCUCCAAGGGAUCCCACCCGGUGCACUGCAUCAUAUUCGUCUCCCUGUUCAUUGUCACCAAUGUCAAGUACCUGCAGGUGACACAACUUCAGCAGAUCGUCAAGCUGACCCUGCUCUUCAGCUUCACCUUCGCGUUCCUCUGCUGCCCGUUCUCGCUGGGCGCCUACGGCGUGGAGCCGCCGACGUCCCCGGAGCAGGGCAUGUGGCAACUCAUGCUAGUCACAUUUGUCGCCUAUUCCCUCCUGCCCGUUCGCACUCUGUUGGCCGUGCUGUUUGGGAUUAUGGUCGCCGUGUCCCAUGUUAUUGUAACCGCGACGUCGGUCACUACCAAAAGACAGAGAUUGUGGAGAACGCUGGUGGCCAACACGGUCCUCUUCACCAGCGUGAACCUGUCUGGAGUGUUUGUGAGGGUCCUGUCUGAGCGCGCUCAGCGGAAAGCCUUUCUGCAGGCGCGCGACUGCAUCGAGGAGAGGUUGCGCCUGGAGGACGAGAACGAGAAGCAGGAACGCCUCCUGAUGAGCCUGUUGCCCAGGAACGUCGCCAUGGAGAUGAAGGAGGACUUUCUGAAGCCGCCGGAGAGGAUCUUCCACAAGAUCUACAUCCAGAGGCACGACAACGUGAGUAUCCUGUUCGCUGACAUCGUGGGUUUCACAAGCCUGGCGUCCCAGUGCACUGCGCAAGAGCUCGUCAAGUUGUUGAAUGAACUCUUCGGCAAGUUUGACGAACUGGCCACAGAGAACCACUGCAGACGCAUUAAGAUCCUGGGAGACUGCUACUACUGCGUAUCCGGCCUGACCCAGCCCAAGACUGACCACGCCCACUGCUGCGUGGAGAUGGGACUGGACAUGAUUGACACCAUCACGUCGGUUGCGGAGGCCACGGAGGUGGAUCUGAACAUGCGCGUGGGCCUGCACACGGGCAGAGUGCUGUGUGGGGUGCUGGGACUCAGGAAGUGGCAGUAUGACGUCUGGUCCAACGACGUCACGCUCGCCAACGUCAUGGAGGCAGGAGGCCUGCCUGGGAAGGUGCACAUCACCCGCACCACCCUGGAGUGUCUGAACGGGGACUACGAGGUGGAGCCGGGCUGCGGGCACGAGAGACACGCCUUCCUGCAGAAGCACCACAUCGAGACCUUCUUCAUCGUGCCGUCGCACCGCCGGAAGAUCUUCCCGGGGCUGAUCCUGUCGGACAUAAAGCCCGCCAAACGCAUGAAGUUUAAAACCGUGUGCUACCUGCUGGUGCAGCUCAUGCACUGCCGCAAGAUGUUCAAGGCCGAGAUCCCCUUCUCCAACGUCAUGACCUGCGAGGACGACGACAAGAGACGGGCGCUCCGCACGGCGUCGGAGAAGCUGAGGAACCGCACCUCCUUCUCAGCCAGCGUGGUGCAGCACUCGCCCGGAACCCGCGUCAACCGCUACAUCAGCCGGCUGAUCGAGGCGCGGCAGACCGAGUCCGAGACGGCCGACCUGCACUUCCUCACGCUCAUGUACAAGCACGGCGAACGCGAGACCAAGUAUCACCAGAUUCAGGAUGAGCACUUCUCCAGCGCAGUGGUCCUGUCCCUGAUCCUGGCAGCCUUAUUUGGUCUGGUCUACCUUCUAAUAAUACCACAGGGGACAGUCGUGCUACUCCUCUUGGUGCUCUCCAUCUGCUUCCAUCUUGCUUGUAUCAUGUACCUGCAUGUCACUAGCGUCCAGUGCAUUCCUGGUUGCCUCACCAUCCGGAUCAGAACGGCUCUUUGUGUGAUUCUGGUGCUGUUGGUCUACGCUGUAGCCCAGGGCUGUGUGGUGAGCUGCCUGCCCUGGACCUGGAGCGGGGGGAACUCCAGCACCCUGCUCCUGGUUCUGGACCCCUCCUGGGAGAACGGCACGGCCCCGGAGCUGCCCUGCGACAGCGCCCCCUACGCCUUCCUGUCCUGCGUGGGCGCCACGCUCACCCUGGCCCUCUUCCUGCGCGUCUCCUCCCUGCCCAAAACCCUCCUGCUCCUGCUGCUCAGCGUCUCCUACGUCACCGUCCUGGAGGUCAGCGGCUUCCCGAAGUCCGUGGGGGGUGGGUUUAUCUCCGGCCGAGGGUACGAGCCCAUCUUCGCCAUCCUGCUGUUCGCCAGCACACUCAUCCUGCACUCCCGCCAGCUCGACCUCAAACUGCGCCUCGACUACCUCUGGGCCUCACAGGCGGAAGAGGAGAGGGGCGACAUGGAGAGGGUGAAGCUGGACAAUAAGAGGAUCCUCUUCAACCUUCUGCCUGCGCACGUGGCGCAGCACUUUCUCAUGUCUAAUCCCAGAAACAUGGACCUCUACUACCAGUCCUACGCCCAAGUGGGGGUGCUGUUCGCCUCCAUCCCCAACUUCAACGACUUCUACAUCGAGCUGGACGGCAACAACAUGGGCGUGGAGUGCCUGCGUCUGCUCAACGAGAUCAUCGCUGACUUCGACGAGGUGCGCUUGAAGCUUUCGCCUCCUUUCAGCCCGGCGUCUGACUGAUAUGAGGUCACGGGCAGGGACACUUCCAUUGCAGUGCAGCCAAUUCAGGACGUUCAUGAAAA